AUGGAGUCGACAAGAGUGGCCAUCUUGGUUCUGUCUCUGCUGGUGGCAUGUGGAUCAUCCAGGGCCAAAGUUGAAGAGGAGAACCCUGAGUUCUGGAGGUCACAAGCCCGGAAGACACUGCAGUCAGCUUUGGACAGGAAACUCAACACUAAUGUUGCCAAGAACAUCCUGUUCUUCCUAGGAGAUGGCAUGGGAAUCACAACCUACACAGCGGCUCGUAUCCUCAAGGGACAGCUGCAGAACCAGACGGGAGAGGAGACAGUGAUGACCAUGGACACCUUCCCCAGUGUGGGAUUGGCUAAAACCUAUAGCGUGGAUUUCCAGAUUCCAGACAGUGCAGCCACAGCCACAGCAUAUCUGUGUGGAGUGAAAACCAACCUGAACGUCAUCGGAGUGAGUGCAGCGGCUCGCAACGGAGUCUGCAAGACUCAGAAGGGCAACGAGGUCACGUCCAUUCUGAAGUGGGCCAAAGACGCUGGUAAGUCUGUUGGGAUUGUCACAACCACACGGGUGCAACAUGCUACUCCAGCAACCAGCUACGCCCACAGCGCCAGCAGGAAGUGGUACAGUGACGCCGACAUGCCUGAUAUUGCCAAAAGGGACGGCUGCACCGACAUCGCCUCUCAGCUCAUCAGAAACACAGACAUAGAUGUGAUCAUUGGUGGUGGCCGAAAGUACAUGACCCCCAGAGGCACCAAGGACCCAGAGUACCCCAGUGAUUACUCCUCCAGGGGCAAAAGAAAAGACGGGCGCAAUCUCAUCAAUGAGUGGCAGAGCUUGAAAAUUGGAAAGGUAGCCCACUAUGUGUGGAAUAAAACAGAUUUUGAUGCUGUUGACCCUGAAACCACGGACUACCUCAUGGCUCUGUUUGAACCUGGUGAUCUACGCUUCGAAGCGGAGAGGGACCCGAGCAAGGACCCGUCCAUUGUCGAGACUACAGAAAAGGCCAUCCGCAUCCUCCAGAAAAACCCUAAAGGCUUCUUCCUGCUAGUGGAGGGUGGGCGCAUCGACCAGGCUCACCACGCUGGCCGGGCGUACAUGGCCCUCCAUGAGACGGUUGCUUUUGAUGACGCCAUCGCUAAGGGCCUUGAACUCACCAAAGAGCAUGAAACUCUCACUGUAGUAAUGGCUGACCACUCUCACCCUGUUACCUUCAAUGGAUUCCCGUUUCGAGGGCAAAGCAUUCUGGGUAAAUCACCGCUGUGGGGUACGGACAUGCUGCCUUACACCACGCUGAUGUAUGGCAACGGACCCGGACACAAAAUCAUCAAUGGCAAGCGUCCUGACAUCCGCAAUGUCAACACCAAAACUGAAGACUACAUCCAGCUGUCUGCAGCGCCCACAGAGUCCACCACCCACAGCGGAGAGGAUGUGGCGGUGCUUGCCCGUGGACCCAUGGCCCACCUCUUCCAGGGCGUCCAGGAGCAGAACUACAUCGCCCACGCCAUGGCCUAUGCGGCCUGUGUGGGUGCCGACCUGAGGCACUGCCAGGGGCAAACUGCAGCACCUGUGGUUCACAGCACCUUUACCAAUGAUGAGUAUGGGAAUGGGGGAACUCGUGGCUCAGCGACUCUGCUCAGUGUUGUCCUCAGUGCGCUGCUGGCACUGACACUGCUGAUGUAA